CUUCAGCCUCUGAACACUGAAACAGAAUACACGAAUUUUGUUUUGCCGCGCACUUUUACAUCGUUAUCUCGUCAUUAAAGUAAUUUCCGCGUGUUAAUGCACGAUGUGAUAAUAAAUAUUCGAAUAAAGAGAAACAUUUUUUUAAAACCGAAUUACUGAAAACAAAUCCAUCGUGUUUAUUUACAAUUAUUUUGUGUGGACUAGUGAAUGCGUGUUUGUUUUCGUUAUUUUUUUCGAUUCGGGGGUUAAAUUUAUAAGCCAAAACGACGAAUAUAAUAGAACAAAUUCAAUCGACGAAGUUGAAUUUCUCUGACGGUUCAACGAAUAAUGUUAACGUUCUUUCGUUCGAUUCGAUAUUUUCGUACAACAAAUACGCAUGGUUUUUAACAGUCUUCAUACACAUUUUGGAUAAAAUUGUGUGUUUCUAAUAAGCAUUUGAAGAAGAAGAAAAAAAAAUUGUAAAAAAAAUUAUUCAACGUUGCAAGGAAAUAUGAGAGACGCAGAUUCACAAAAUAAUUUCAUAAAAUAACCAGUUCGUACAUUGAAAACGAUAUAGCUGGGUGUGUGUACGUGUAUUAGUGUAAUAAUUUUUUUUUUUCGUCGGCACAUAUUGUGUAUAAAUGUGUGUGUAAAGGGCACUUGAGAAGCGUCCUUUUUGUUUUAAUAUAAAACAAAACAAAGAAGCAGCGCGCGUUUCAUGAUAAUAUAAAUUCAAAAUUGAUUGGUUCAUACAGUGGUAGUAAAUAAGACAACGAUAUAAACUUUCAAAUAAGUAUAAAGAAGAAAAAAACGAAUCGGGAGUUUAUUUUUUUUUUCUGUUUUAAAACAAAUACAACACAGUAAUAUAUAAAAAUAUUUUUUUUUCGGUCAUAUUCUAUAAUAUACAAAAAAGAAACCCAUUAUAUUAUUGACGAAAGACAUUUUCUUUGUGUUUGUGUAAAGUGUUUUAAAUUUAAAUUCGAUAAUUAUGUCGGAGCACCAUCGAGGUGCUUGGGGUACGCGUGAAGAUGCCGUCUGGUGGCCUGGAGCAAUAGCCACACAGGAUCAACAAACACUUCACCAUCAGCAUUUAAUAAAUCAGCAUCAUCAACAACAGUUGCAACAGCAAGCCCAAAUUCAACAACAUCAAGUUGUUCAACAGCAACAGCAGCAGCCACAGCCCCAACAGCAAUCGCAGCAGCAGCAACAACAACAGCAACAGCAACCGACAUCACAUAAUGAUGUUUCACGUAGCAAUAGCACAACUUCCUGUGUUCCUACACAACAAUUAUUUUCAUAUAAAAUGGCAAGCAGUUUUCAAAAUCCUUCAACUACAAUGUCUGGUGUGACCGUAUCAACGGCGAAUUCCGGUGCAUAUGAUUAUCGUUUAAAUAUGUCACCAGCGGCACCAACUACGCAAUGGUGGUAUCCGUCUGGGCAAAAUAUGGAACAAAAUAUGCAUAGCCAGCCAAAUCAGCAUCAACAAUCUAACCAACAUCAAACAGUCCAUGCCGUACAUACACCUCCUCCUACGAAUCAACAUAUACAACAAGAUCAUCAACAGCAGUUGCAACAAAAUCAUAAUAAUCAAAACAACCAACACAUACAAAUUCAAACUCCACCUGCAAAAAUGCCAAGAGGUAAAGGCCCCGACGCCAAACCAAGAGGCCGUAUGACAGCGUAUGCAUUCUUUGUGCAAACAUGCCGGGAAGAGCAUAAGAAGAAGCAUCCAGAGGAGACUGUUAUAUUUGCUGAAUUUUCAAGGAAAUGCGCUGAACGAUGGAAGACGAUGUUGGACAAAGAAAAGAAGAGGUUCCAUGAAAUGGCCGAAAAGGACAAGGCCCGUUACGACCUGGAAAUGCAAAACUAUGUGCCACCGAAGGGGGUUGUUAUUGGUCGUGGAAAGAAGCGGAAGCAAAUCAAGGAUCCGAAUGCACCGAAGAGAUCGCUCUCGGCAUUCUUCUGGUUCUGUAAUGACGAACGCACAAAGGUCAAGGCUCUGAAUCCUGAGUAUGGAGUUGGCGAUAUUGCGAAAGAACUCGGCAAGAAGUGGUCCGAUGUGGAACCGUCUACUAAAUCAAAGUAUGAGGCUAUGGCUGAAAAAGACAAGAAGCGAUAUGAAGUUGAAAUGACUGAAUAUAAGCGAAAAUGUAAGGGCAUUCAACCCAUGGUCGUUGCACCGCCACCAGUUGUUAUGCAAGAGGAGGAGGAUGACGAUGACGAAGGUGACGAUGACGAAAACUAAUACGUAGUUACGGCAUUACGUAGGGCGUAUUAAUACGACUUAGAUUUUCGAUAAGCUAUUUGUUUAUGUAAAAUGUAAUUACUUCAAAAAAAAAAUACAAAUUAAAAAAAAA